CCGAACAAUAUCGAGUGUACUUCAAUCUCUGAUAUGACGUUGGCUACAGUGGAGAAUUAAUCUAAUAUGGCUGUCGUGGCUUGUGUCGUUGAAGAGCUUAUUUUAAUGGUUUAAUUUUCUUGUUUUUGCAUUGUCUAUCGUGAUAGAGUCAUCGUUAUAGUUACAUAAUUGGUCACAAAACCAUGAGUGGUAGAUGACCAGGCCUCCUGCCUAGUAUAACAUUAUGAGUGAAGUUGCUCCUCCACCACUUGGGAGAACUGUGAGAGGUAACAACCUUCUCGCAGAUAAGCGACCAGAGGUAGCACUCAUCAAACGACAGAAGCUAACAGUAUGUCAGAACAAUGUGCCACCAGUGCAUGGGCGUACAAACCCAGCAUUGAACGUUCGCACACGGCUCAGCAACCACCAGCGCAAUCUGAGUCUCGAUUUUAGAUCAAUGGGCAUUCUACUGCCUCCAGUGUCGCAGGUCACGACUGUGACAACGUUGACAAUGCACCAUCGUAACCGUAGUCUUGACUCAGCUUUGCAGCGAAUCCCCGAAGUGGACAUCACGCCAAGUCCAGAAUGUGAGCCCACGGAACGAAUCCCUGGGUCAGCCAAAGCAGCUGUCGUAGGAGAGUGUGCCAAGAACACGACAUGUGGUCCGCCUGUAGGAAAGGGACGAGACCGUGAGGAGAUCACCAGUUUAGGUUCAGAUGACUCUGGCAUUUUGUGUGGUUCUGACAGUGGGUCAGGUAGCGAUGCAAAUACAACAACACGCGAGUCAAGUGUAGAACAGUUAACUGGUAUAGAUCACAAUCACGAGGGCUUUGACUUGCCGUCACACGAAGCACAUCAUGCAAGUAAUAUAAAUAAAUCAUGUGUUGACUGCCCCGACUUAGUUGAAGCCUGCGGUGACCAUCAUGAACUGGAGCCCCACGGUGCGAAUGCAGACUUUAUCACCGUGACACCAGCAGUUGAAAUAAAUGAACUUGCCGAUGAUAUCGUUGAGCAGAAUGACGAAAAUUGUGCUCCAAAGUACAGUCACAGUUGUGAAACUAGUAGUGACCAUUCAAGUGCUUCCAUACCAGGAAAAGAAAAUCAGUCAUUUCCUAUAUUAUCUCCUUCCUCUAUCGCACUCUGUUGUGGAGGGAGUUCUGACGAUAAGAAAUCUGAAAGGGAUGCGACGCAGAUUAAGGGAGCGAAAGGUUUUCUUUUGAGACUGUUUGAAAGCAAAAUGUUUGACAUGUCGAUGGCUAUUACCUAUGUAUUCAACUCGAAGGAGCCAGGUGUUCAGAGUUACAUAGGUAACAAAAUGUUCAGUUUUCCUGAUCAUGAAGUAGAUUUUUAUCUACCACAGCUAGUCAGCAUGUAUAUUCAGAUGCAUGAUGUCGCUGAAGUUAUUCACCCGUAUCUUGUUCACAGAUGUAGAAAGUCUGCGGACUUUUCAUUGAAGUGUGCGUGGCUUCUUGAUGCAUAUAGUUCAGAUGCUCAUCUUCCCUCCAAGAAAAAAUCCCAUGGGACCAAGCUGAAAAAUCUGAUCUUGUCAGAUGAACUCCGGCCCAAGGAGGCAGAUUCCGCACUCGCUCGUCGAUCGAGAGUUAGUACUGGUGGCCCUGCACCUGAUUGUUCCAAGAUGAAGGAAUUAGCUUCACCAACCUUGCCCAGUGGUCCUCCACCAGCUCCACCUCUUCCAACUAGCACUCCCAUCACAUCACCAAACAAGAGGACUCAUCAGCGUUCUAGGUCUGAUGCUACAGGACUGUACCCCGGGAACAGAAGAAUGAUAUCUUCAGGGAACGGCAGCAAGAUAUGUUUGGGAGAUUUGGGCUCUGGAAGAGCAUUUGAUAAUGGUUGCACGUGUUUUGAAACCUGUCAGGGUGUUGUCAAUGACCUUCGAGGAAAGCGAACAGAUUGCACUUGCAAUGCUCCACGUUUGGCGCCAGAAUUGGAAUUCAUCAAGGCCCUUAUAUCCAUCAGUAAGCUCCUGAGUUCUAUUCCAACGAAGGAAGCGAAAACAACACGACUUCUCGCUGAACUUCACACAUUAAACCUCAACCUUCCUGCUAGAGUAUGGUUGCCUAUUCACAGUGAAGUUCCACAUCAUAUUGUGAGAAUACCUCCGCAAGCAUCAGCAGUACUCAAUUCAAAAGACAAGGCACCUUAUAUAAUCUAUGUAGAGGUCUUGGAGGUGGAGGACAUUCACACUUCACCGGUACCAGCAAAGAUCAUGAAUACUCUUCGCCAUACCAAGUCAGAAGAAAAUUUGGCGGCCGAAGGCGCCGCCCAGGCAGAGAGUGCAUCUCUUUGUGCCUUCAGUGUGUAUGGAAAUCCUGAUGAUGAAACUGGGGACUGUUGGUCUCAGGAAGAUGAUGAGAUAUCACAGCAGUACAUGCAACUCCGCAAGCCAAUGGAUCGUGAUACUAUUUCCCAGUUAAGUCAGGAGUCGAGCGAUUCACGAGAACCUCCGGUAUUUAUUGCUGCUGGCGACAUUCGACGGCGAUUAUCAGAGUCAUUUCAUGAUUUGCGGAGAGCAGCUUUUACUCACGAUCCUGAAGAUCCCUCAGCAGCUGCACUCAAAGAGCCUUGGGAGGAAAAGGAGAGGCGAGUGAGGGAAGCUUCGCCAUAUGGUCACAUGGCUUCCUGGCGCCUUCUGUCAGUUAUUGUUAAAUGCGGUGAUGAUCUACGACAGGAACUUCUUGCUUCACAGUUACUCACCAUGUUGCAGCGCAUUUGGGAAUCAGAAAGGAUUUGCCUUUGGGUACGCCCAUAUAAGAUCUUGUGCUUAUCAAAUGAUACUGGACUUAUUGAGCCAAUCCUGAAUACUGUAUCGUUACAUCAGAUCAAGAAACACUGUCAGCUGUCUUUACUGCAGUAUUUUAAACGGGAAUACGGGUCUCACAACUCAGAAGCUUUUCUUACAGCGCAAUGUAACUUUGUAGAAAGUUGUGCUGCUUAUUGCCUUGUUUGCUACCUCGUUCAAGUGAAAGACAGGCACAAUGGAAAUAUUCUUCUCAACAGUGAAGGUCAUUUGAUCCACAUAGAUUUUGGAUUCAUCCUGUCAGCAUCUCCUCGGAAUCUUGGAUUUGAGACAUCACCCUUUAAGUUGACGCCAGAAUUUGUUGAAGUAAUGGGUGGUCUUGGCUCCGAUAUGUUUGAAUAUUUCAAGAUAUUAAUCUUGCAAGGUCUCAUUGCUGCACGGAAGCAUAUGGAUCGAAUUCUCAAUCUUGUGGAGAUCAUGCGCUCAGGGUCACAACUACCUUGCUUUAAGUCUGGUGCAGCCACUGUUCAAGGUCUGAAGAAUCGUUUCCACUUGAACCUCACAGAAGAACAACUCCGGUUAUUGGUGGAUAGCUUGGUGGAAUCAAGCAUUCAUUCACUGAGCACCAAACUGUACGAUGGCUUCCAGUAUCUUACCAAUGGCAUUUUGUGAGCUUGUCACUUUCUCAUAUUUAUGUGAAACUGUGUGCAUGUGUAUCAUAAAUCUACAUGUGUAAUCUGUGAACUCUGAAGAGAUAUUGUGAAAAUGAAAGAAGAAAUCGUAAUAAAGUAAUUUUACGUUACAAAACUUACUACAUCGAAAGGCACUAUAAAUAUAUGCUGUUGAUUUGAGCUGUCUAGCUCAUGGUUUAAAAUCAGUACAAGCUCAAACUUUUAAGAUCAUGAACUUGCCUAUCAGCAUUUAACGUUCCAAAGAAUUAGUGUUUUUAUCAAUGCCAUUGUAGGAGAUGAGAUGGAUAUGGUCCGAAUCUAAGAGUUUUUAUGAUUCAGAAUUUCAGAAUCUCAUGUCAUUGAAACCCCGCGUAACAAAACGAACGUAAUAGUUUUAACUAUGUCAUGGAAACACACUUCAUCCAUUUGGUGCGGGGCUUGUUUUCAUGAAGUGGCGUGUACAUUAUGUGUGUUCUUUCUGACUUAAUUUGUUUCUUCUUGUUGGAGAGUUCGUGUCAGGACGUUGUAGCAUUCUUGAAUAUUCGCAAGUACAAGUUAUUACUGCAAAAUGGUAUUUACCUUGACUGUGGUUGUCAUUGAUAAAACCAAAAAUAAUAAAUGCAUAACAUGGACCAUUGCAUAUGCAUGGAAAUAAAUACUCAUCAAGUUAUAUUCUUUUCAUAUUAAAAGUGGCAGUUUUUAUAUAUAUAUAUAUCUUUAAGUGUUCCAUUUACAGAAUUUCAUUACAGUUAUAUUUACUGUUUGGGAGAAUUCUGAUGAAGUGUUUCUUUUGGAAAAAUAAAUUGUUAUUUGCCUUUAGAACAUCAUCAGAAUAAUAUACCCAUGUGGUACCUAUGUGCAUAUAGAUUAGAAUUUUAUACAUAUUGGAAUUUGGUGAUUGCAGUUAACAAUGCAAGACCACUGGGGAGAGAGAUGUUGCUUGACGUCCAUUUUGUAACCAUAGGAUCUGGUAUUCUGGUUUAGCACUUGGCUCAUAUCUUUGUUACUAUCAAGUAACUCGUUUAAAAAAAUGUCCUUUUGAUCGUGUUAUAUUUUUAUUUCUUAUUUAUAAGUAGUUUACUUAGCAAUAUUACCAAUGAAUUCAUAAUGCAGAUAAUGGAACUUUCAGCCUGUCUUGAGCAACCACAGCUUUGUAUAAUUUGGUUAGCUCUACAGAUAAUAUAAACUGUCAUUGUGCAGUCAAUUUAUGUAAAAUUAAUUACUUUUAAAAUCCUGAAAUGAAAUAUUUCAAGUACAGUAUUUUUUAAUGUAACCCACAUCAGAAUUCCAUCACAGUUCCCAAAAUAUAUAUCGAUUCUCUGCAUAUGUAAGACUGAUGGGGCCUGUUAAAUAGCAUUACAUCAAAACUGGUUUUGUGUACUAUUGUUCCUUCUUUGUGUGUGACUGUCAUAUUUUAAAUGAAAUUUCUGUGUACAGUACUGGUAUUCCACAAACAUUACAUCACUCUUGUUAUGUACAUAGAUUUCAGGCAGUCUAUGGAUGUUCAAUUAUGGAUAAACUGGUGCUUUCUUGAUACAUUAAAAGUUAUAUGAGGUGUUGGAGUUCUUUGAUUUUUUGCAAAAGAUGCUGCUGUUAUACAUUAUCAAGAGAUUGAUGUAAAGAAAAUUGGCUGUUUUCAUUUCUGAAAAUUGAAUUUUGAGGCGGUAAUAUUUUCUCAUGGAUAGUCUCUUACACGAGGCUUUUAAACAUUUUAUAAUGGAUAAACAGCAGGUAUUUGAAAACUCUUGCAUUUUCUCUUUGUUCAACAUGAAACCCAUAUGCUUCAGGGAUUUACUGUGCUUUGUGCAGCUUUUACAACUGUUAAGUUAUCUUGGCUUUCUUUUUCUGUUUGCUUUAUUUAUUUACUGUGUAACGCAAUUAUAUUUCAGAAUAAAUCUGACUAUGAAAGUUUGUAAAUUGAAGCCUUAUGUAAUAAUCCCUUAUUGCCUAUGUGACAUUUAUAAAUUGUUCAGGAUCAAAAUUUAAAAUAAAUGUUUAUCAGUCUUAAUAAGUUAAUUUCUACAAUGGAAAAUCAUCAGGAAGUUAUGUAAGCUUGUUUUUAAGGUAUGGGCACUACUGGCUGUAAGGAUUGCUGUGUACGUUGCAUAGUUGCUUACAAGAAACGUUAACAUUUUCAAAAGCUGAAACUCUCUUAAUAUGAAUACCAUAUAUUUUGUGCCCCUCUUUACUUUAUUUAUUAAAUUUUAAAUAAUUUAAAAUAUUGUGAAUGUUACAGCAAGGCUUUAUUGUUUCAUUCCAUUUUGUAUAGGAUAUACAAGACUAUUUAUAAAAAAAAUUAUUUCAGAACAGGAAAAGGAAUGUUACACAAAUUUUCUUGGUAGGAAGAUGUUUGAAGUUAUUGAAUAUUUUUGUCACCAUAAAAAUGUUCUUUUAGUUAAUUCUCAAUUUGCCGACUGUUUGAUAUUAUAAAUUGUGUUUUCUGUAUAACUGUCAUUCCAUUUGUAUUUUAUGAAAUAAAAAAGGAAUAAUGUGAUUGCAA